AUGGAUACUUCACUCAUUUCAUGGUUUUCUCCUCGACGGUACACAUCAGCUGGAAAGGAUCAAGCUGCUAAACUUAAGCGUCUGAACACACGUAAAAUUGAGUUCGACUUACAAGAAUUGAGCCAAUCAGUGGAUCGUGAUGUCUCCCAAAUGACCACAGAGUCACUAAUGUCUCCUGUCGGACGUCAGCGUAUGGCAAAGGCAAAGAAAGCGGCAAAUCCCGACCGCCCAGGAUCGAACUAG